AUGCCUCCAUGGCGAACUUUGGCCCAGCGAGAUCAGAAUCGCGAACUAGACAAUGCCUCCAACCAGCCUCCAGACCAGGAUUCUGCUCAAACGUCUUCAGAAAACAUAUUUUUAUUCUGGCCCAACAUCAUUGGAUAUCUCCGAGUGAUCUUGGCCAUAGCCUCCCUGUACUAUAUGCCACUCCAUCCACGCACCUGCUCUCUUCUCUACACUAUAUCAUGUCUCCUCGACGCUCUUGAUGGAUACGCUGCGCGUAUGUUGGAUCAGGGAACGCAGUUUGGCGCAGUUCUGGACAUGGUCACGGACCGUUGCACCACGACAUGCCUGCUGGUUUUCUUGGCGGCGGCGAUGCCUCGCUGGGCCAUUGUUUUCCAGGGCCUGAUUGUGUUGGAUCUUGCAAGCCAUUACAUGCACAUGUAUGCAUCUCUUGUCGUCGGCGGCGCUAGAACGAGCCACAAGGAUGUCAGCAAUAGCCAAAACUGGCUGAUGAGGGUGUAUUACACCAACAAGAUUGUCUUAUUUUCUCUCUGUGCUCUCAACGAGCUCUUCUUCAUCGCCUGCUACCUUGUCUCCUUCUCUUCACCAAUUGAUCCUCUCUACUUAAAUGCGGAUAUUGACGGAAGAGAGCAUCUGCAAACAGGGACAGAAGUCGACACCUCGCUAUUAACCCAGAUCUUCCCAAACCCUUACAGCUCUGCAGCGCUUGAGAUGGCGCGAGCGAACAAAAUGGACGGAUACCUUCCGGGUAUCAUUGCCAAGAUUUGCUUUCCGUUCAUGGCGCUGAAGCAAAUGAUUAAUGUUAUCCAGUUGAUUCAAGCCAGCAAACGAUUGGCAAGGGUGGAUGUAGAGCGGAGGCGGAAAAGCAAGCAAACGUAG